AUGAAGGAGAAGAUUGUCAUUCUCAGCAGUCUCAGUCUCGGGGUCAUUGCCGGAGCAUUUGGCAUCAAGAGAACCCUCGAAGUACCAAAGCUUAAGAGCCCCAAUCACACCAAGGACCCAGUCGGCCUAAUAGUCUGGUCCGCCGCCGAAAUGACCGUGACAAUGAUCUGCAUUGGCAUCCCCGUCUGCAGACCUCUUUACAAGAAGUAUCUCAGCAAAUGGAGUUCUCGCAACAGCAGCGAGUAUCAGCAAAACUCUGGCGCAUCAUUUCCUCUGCAGACUAUCGGUGGAAGUACAAAGUAUCCAGCUCAGGUGCACAAGAAGGACAGCACGUCUGAAACUUUCGGGCAAGAGUAUGAGCGGAGGGGUAUCGGGGGUCCGUAUGGCAAGAAAAAAAUGUUUGCAAAAGGCGCCGAGAGAUACAGUGAGAAUCAGAGUGAGGAGGAGAUUCUGGGGCCUGACUUCCGGAGGAGUCAACAGCAGGACAUGGAAGCGCGAUGUUAUUAA